CAACCGAUGCACAAGAGGCGCCCCUCCCGCCAAUCCCGGGAGGUCCAAACGGAAGUCCGACCCGUCGGUGACUCACGGAACGAGGCUCCGCCCCAUUCCCCACUGCAGGAGUCGCGCGGAGAGACGAAGCGGAAGUCGGAGCGUACCCACUGCUACUCAGGCGAGGGACGUGUGGUGUCAUGGCCGCCGACGGUGACGAUGGCGCGGCCUCGGCUCCAGCGGUCUCUGACGGUGGCGUCAGAAAAAGCACAAAACCUGGGGAGGAGCUGGUAGUCCAAGUUCCUGUGGUGGAUGUGCAAAGUGACAACUUCAAGGAGAUGUGGCCAUCCCUCCUGCUGGCCAUAAAGACAGCUAGCUUCGUGGCUGUGGACACGGAACUGAGUGGGCUUGGGGACAGGAAGAGUUUGCUGAACCAGUGCAUCGAGGAACGUUACAAGGCCGUGUGUCAUGCCGCCAGGACCCGUUCUAUACUCUCCCUGGGCCUCGCCUGCUUCAAGCAGCAGUCAGACAAGGGUGAACACUCAUACCUGGCCCAGGUGUUCAAUCUGACCCUGCUAUGCAUGGAAGAAUAUGUCAUAGAACCUAAGUCUGUGCAGUUCCUAGUACAGCAUGGCUUCAACUUCAACCGACAGUACGCCCAGGGCAUCCCCUACCACAAGGGAAAUGACAAGGGUGAUGAGAGCCAGAGUCAGUCAGUGAGGACACUGUUCCUGGAGCUAAUCCGGGCCCGCCGGCCCCUGGUACUACAUAAUGGGCUUAUAGAUUUGGUGUUCUUGUACCAGAACUUCUAUGCGCAUCUGCCUGAGAACUUGGGAACCUUCACUGCUGACCUGUGUGAAAUGUUCCCAGCUGGCAUUUAUGACACCAAAUAUGCUGCUGAGUUUCAUGCCCGCUUCAUGGCGUCCUACUUGGAAUAUGCCUUCCGGAAAUGUGAGCGGGAAAAUGUGAAGCAGCGGGCAGCUGGCAACCCACAUGUGACCCUGGAGUUCUGCAGCUACCCUUUCAGCAUGAGGGCCCAUAUUGACUACCGCUGCUGCAUGCCCCCUACAACCCACCAUCCUCAUUCCUCCAGUGUCUGUGACAACUUCUCGGCCUAUGGCUGGUGCCCCCUGGGACCACAGUGUCCUCGGUCCCAUGACAUUGACCUUAUCAUUGACACUGAUGAGGCUGUGGUAGAGGACAAGCGGCGACGGCGACGACGUAGGGAAAAACGGCGGAGGGCUUUGCUGGGCCUGCCUCGGAAACAGACCUCUGGGGAAGCUGAGGAUAGUCCUCCCAUGAAGCAGGUCUGUGGGGAUGGCCUCAAGCCUGAGGAAACUGAACAGGAGGUGGCUAAGGAUGAGAUUAGGAACCAGCCUGGUUUUCAACAAAGUCAUAAAAACGACUUGGAGAUGGGGCUUAAAGCAACAAGGCCUGAAACAGCUGACAUGGCUUCCUCAGAAGCACCAGAGAAGCAAGCGAGUCCUAACCCAGUGCCUGGGGAUGGGUUGCAUCGGGCUGGUUUUGAUGCCUUUAUGACAGGUUAUGUGAUGGCCUAUGUGGGAGUGAAUCAAGGAACCCAGCCCUGUGGCCCUGGACCCUGGCUGCCUGACUGCCACAACAAGGUAUACCUAAGUGGCAAAGCUGUACCCCUCACAGUGGCCAAGAGCCAGUUCUCCCGUUCCUCCAAAGCCCACAACCAGAAGAUGAAGCUGGCUUGGGGCAGCAGCUGACCCAACUUCUACCUAGCACUUGGACCCAGGAAGAGAAGCUGAGGGUGGAACAGAGGGGUCUGGGUCCCUCUAGCCUGUGAAUAUCCUACUGCCGACUUCUACAGAGUUGGGGAUGAUGGGGAGGAUGUCCUGGCAGAUGUACAGCUGUAUCACUCCUUGACCUUCUCCUUUACCCCAGAGACCAAGAAAUAAGGGUACAAGUAAGAAGGCUGACCAGCACCUGUAACACCAACUUUAUUUAUUUUUAAAACUGAAAGUGUCUUGGGAAAGUUGUACCAAAAAAAUCAACAGAGACAAGUUAUGAAAAUACUUGACAA